AAAAGAUUGCAGAUUAUCGCGUGUGACAACCCCGCUAUUAUUAUCCUUCAGCAGACGCUCCUCACAGCUUUUGUGUUUCCCGCCGUAAAAGUGAGUUCACGAUCCGCCGCGGCGCGGCGCGAGGACGCGCGCACGUGAUUGGCGACGCCCCGGUCGCGCGUCGCACGUGAUUGGCGACGCUGUUGUCGCGUGACCAUUUGCCACGCACGCGGACGAGCGCCGACUCUCGCCGAGCGGACGAAACGCGCGCGCGCGCGGACACGGCGCCGACAACGCAAUCACGACUGUGGCGACGAGCGGCGAGCGAGGAAGGGAGGUUAGUUAGCGACAGCGACGUAUGGCCAUCGCAUACGAAGUAGGAAAGGAAGAGGAGGGGAGGAAGGAGGAAGCGCGGACAGCGGCGAAACGAGACGAGGAGGACCGAGUCGUGAAGCGCGGCGAGGAGGAAAAAAGGGGGAAGGGGGAAGGAGGCGGGAGAGGCGAGAAGCGGCGUAAGCGUUGAGCGACGAGCGCGCGCCGCGGUGUGUGUCGGUCGGUCGGUCGGUCGGUCGGUCGCCGCCAUGCUAGUGGUUAGUUUAGUGAACCAAACAUCAUGAUGUGGCAUUAUGUUCGUAUGAGCCGAGGCCCGUGGCCACACCGCGCGUAAACCGGCACGCCGUCGUUAUGUUAUUCACAGUAACACUCACGACGUUCGAUAAACACGUAUAAACACGUAACGCGUAAAGUACAAAAAAAGUAUAUAUAUAUAUAUAUACAUAUUACAUAUAUAUAUACACAUACGACAUACGUAGAGGAAUAGAGAUAGAGAGAUAGUAUACGGAUUAUAGUAUAAAGAGAGAAAUAAAGUAGGGAACUCGUAUGAACGGUUCAGCGAAAAGAUCUCACAACGACGAGAUAACGACGACGAAGGCGACAACGACAACGGCGACGACGGUGGCGGUGGCGGCGGCGGCGGCGGUGGUGGUGGUGGUGGUGGUAGUGGCGGAGGUGGUGGUGGUUCCUAUAGUGGUGGUAGUGUUGGUGGUUGUUGUUCGGUGCGAACGGAGCCGCGCGCGGCGCGACGUCAGGCCCGAUGUAAAUCAAAGUAGCCGAAUCGCACGAUCGAGCGUACAUCGCACAGUGAGCAUCGGCGCGGCACGCGCCGCGAGUGCAGAGUGCCAACGGUCAGCCUCCAUAGCGCGGCAGGGAGACGUUCGCGAGACGUAUACACGGGGCACGUAACUGACGCUACACUUCGUAAUUCGUGGCGCGAUGUUGCUCAAACAGGGGGUAGGAGAAGGAUACGCACGCACGCUCGUAUGUGUACACAUGCGUACGUCGCGCUUCCAGAUGCUGGACCCGAGCGUGCUAACGGACCUGGAGGAGCUGACGCUCUGCGGCUGCUGCAAGCAGAAGUACAAUGACGUGGACCAGUGUCCCAAGUUCCUCAGCUGUAAGCACUACUUCUGCCUGCGGUGCAUCUCGAGCAGCCUGUUGAAGGGACGCGACCUGUUCUGCGCGCACUGCUGGAAGCAGACGGACCUGGGUGAUCAGGGCCCGGACGCUCUACCGACUCACUCCGCUCUACUCGUCCUGACCAACAACCUGUCGCGUCUCAAGAUCACGACGAACAACACGUCCGGCAAGCCCGUCGGAGACAAGGAGAGAAAGAGCGAAAAUUGUCACACACACGGGAUGCCGCUGGCAUUAUGGUGUGGGACGUGUUGCACGGCGCUUUGUAGAGCAUGCGCCAGCCAUCAGGAUCAUCCAGGUCAUCAGAUCAAGUCGCAAAACGAGGCCAAAGAACAGCUCAUAUCGGAGGUUCAGCUGGAAAUGAUCACCCUGAAUAAGCUGUCGACGGAGAUUCAAAGACUGGCCGGACAGCAACGUGAAUUUCUAAUUAAGGUACUGGAGGCGUGCGUGACGCUGAAAACGCAUCUCGAGACGGAUCUACAAAACGGCUGGAGCCACUUUCCCGAGAUAACGGACACACGUGAGGCUUUGGGUAAGGCGAAGAUCAGCCUACAGUUGAGCGAGACUCCAACCGAUGUGCACACCCUACACACGGAGCUAAUUCACGAGAAGCAAAGGUUGCAGUCUAAAUACCAGGAGAUGAUGGUACAGUGCCAGCUGGACGAUCUCAUCGGCAACUCCGGAGUGAUCUUCGACUUCACCUUGCUAAAACAGGCAGUGGCGGGCAUUCAUACGGGGGAUCCGAUCGUCUCUCAGGGCAAUGGCGGUCGCUUGUCGAAUCAUACGGCCUCGUAUAAUCCGAUCUUGUUCCUCGCAAAUUAUUGCAUGUCGCAGUUGUACACGCAUCACAUCAUUGGCAAGCAGCAGCAACAGCAACAGCAGCAGCAACACAUGCAGAACGGUUCAAUGGAGUAUCACCAUUCGAGUAUGAUGCCACCGCCGCCGCAACAGGCACCAUCCGUUCACGUUCAUCAGGGUCCACCGCCACCGCCACCGGGUGGACCGGGUGGGCUCAAUCAGGCUCCCCAGCAACUUCUCAUUCCACCCGGUUCACCGUCCAUCAAACCCGUACCGCCUGCACCGCCCAAUGCUAUGCUGCAUCCGCAGCAACAGUCGACGUUCAUGCCUGACGCAGUCGGUACCGGUGGCGCCGGCGGCGGUAGUCUAGUGACCGUCCACUCGUCCCCGCAACCGCCGUCCAACGCGAUAACGGCGUCGUUGACGCGGGGUCCCGGCAGCUCGUAUCCCCUGUACUACUUCAACAUCGAGGUGAACGGCUCGCCGCAUGGGCGCAUCGUGAUCGAGGUGCGACCGGACGCGGCGCCGAAGAUGGUGAAGAACUUCGACGUGCUGUCAACGGGAGAAGCCGGUGUCGGUUACAAAGGAUGCACGAUAUUCCAGUGCUGGGAGGGCGAGUCCGUCAUCACGGGCGACUUCGAGCUUAACAACGGCCGCGGCGGGCGCAGCAUAUUCGAGGACGGUUACUUCAUGCCGGACGACACCAAGUUCCCGGCGAUUAGGGGCGCGGUCGGCAUGAGGCGGACGCAAAAGCGGCACGACAACCUUGGCAUGGUCGGCUCCCAAUUUCGCAUAAUACUGCAGGAGAUGCGCGGCUUCACCGGCAUCUUCGGCCACGUGGUCGAGGGAUUAGAGCUCGUGGAGAAGAUAUCUACAUUCGGCGACCAAACCGGCAAGCCUACCAAGAAUAUUCUAAUCACGAAGUGCGGUAAAUUGUAACGUUUAUGAUGUCGCUGUCGCGCGGUUCGUUGCAACGCGGGGUUAAUCUCCGAGAAAUGAGUAUAUACUCCGUAUAUAUAAUGCCGUAUACAACACGUUUUCCUGCUCUAGAUAGAACCGGAGGAAAGUCGCCACGGUAUCCCCGACUCGCGCGUUCGCGGGCUGCGAAAGAAACCUAUACGUAAAAAAAAAAAGAAUUAUGCAAAAAGAAAUCGCGCGUUACACGUAAUUGUCCGACGACGGGAGACGAUUAUUGUUGUUAUUAUUAUAUCCGCCGCGCGCGUAUGUCCGCUCGGGGACAUCGUCGCGACGCGUUUAUUAGCUCCUCCGCGAAUCCUCGAAACGCUCUGUACGAGUCAUACAACUUAAUUAACUAUUAACUAUUAACAAUAGCGUCUAAAGAUGUCGAAUCUAUUUUUAAAACAUGGGCGUGUGCGAGAAGAAAAAGAGAUAAAAAAAUCCAUAUUUUGCUAUUGACUGGGAAUCGAUACGAGAUUCUGCUAACAAUAACGACGAUAAUCGAGAUACAUACACACACACACGCACACACAUCAUACAUACAUACAUACACACACACACACAUACGUACCUCAGAGAUCGACCGUGAUAUCGAUACGACUUCUCUAGCUGAUACGACGUAUUUGUUUUUAGGGAGAGAGAGGUCUGACGUUUAUUUUGGCUAUUAUCGGCAUUAACUCUUCUACGACGUUGUAGUUCAUAGAACACGUGUUGCGCGUUGAACGUGAUAUAAUGGAGAAAAUACCGCGCGAAUCGCGGCAGACGGUUCUCCGGCCGGCUGCGAGCGCAGCUAAUAUUUUAGAGAUCGUAGAUAGCGAAUAAAAGGGGGAAAAAAGCACGCGUAGAUUUUGGGAAGUGUAGCGUACUGUCGUCGGAGGCAACCGAAUCGUGUGUCGUGUACGCGAGUAUGAUCGAUUUACGAAAGGAACGAAAGAGACAAAUCUGCGCACGAGCAAAACGUUCGGCUCUUUCGAUUCUUGUAUUCUUCUUUUAUUUUCUUUGCGAUCUUCGCGACUUUCUGCUAAAAAGUCGUGAAUCGCGCGAUUCCAUGAACGCAAACCCCUCGUUUAGAAAUAUCUUAGCCGAGAGAGAAAGAGGAUAUAUUGAGGAUAGUUAAUCACGGUAGGAGGAGGGCAGUUUAUGGUUCGUCGGAUACGGCAAUCGCGCGUCGUUCCGUUCCAUUCCGGGGGUGCGAGGAAAAAGAGCUAAAAGGGACAAGAAAAAAAGAGAUAUUCAUCGCGCGCGCGCGUCCUGCGAAGAAGAAUCUUACUCGGAUACUUGCGGCUCGAGUCCCAUUUCCCUUUUCGUUCUUUGCGAACUAGCGAACCACCGUCAUGGAUUAUAUCUGUAUUUAAGAUUAGAUCUCAAUACGUCGCAAAUGUAUGCAAGGCCUAAAUACCUACUAUGUAGACUCGUAAGCCUCGUGUCGUCUAAUCGGGAAGCGAACGAAAGAAACAAGAAAUGUGCGGAUAUAUAUAACGUAUAUAUAAAUAUAUAUUAAACGAAUCAUUCCUCGAUGCUAUAUAUCGAAAAUACUACGAUGUAAUGUAACUGCGUUAUAACUACUCGUCUGAAUCCUCGUAAUGAGAAAGUCCCAUGCGUUAUUAUCGUUACAUACAAUGUCACACGCGUGCGCGCGUACGCGGGGAGCGGAUUCGUAUCUCUCCGUCUCUCUCGCGAACACACGUGCGUGCGUGUAAUCUCCACGCGCGUACAGGCAAAGCAAGGCACACUCACGCGUAAUAAGCAGAAAUUGCACGCCCUCGCGUCGUCGCGGACAUGCCUUCUCGAAGAAAAGCCUCAUUCGAUGUUGAACUUGAAAGUUUUAACACUUGUUGAUUAGCUGAUUAAAAAAAAAAGAAGAAGAACGCGUCUCUCGCGAUGAUCGACGUCGCGAUGAUUGACGCAAUCCGAAACGCGUCACGUUGUGCGUCGUCUUUAGGGAUAAAUAACUCGCUCCUGUACGAUCAAAGGCGGAAAUGCUAUCCGAGUGUAGCUAAGCCGAACUUGCAAUGAGUUUCUCUCCCACUCUCUUCUCUAAGUAAGAGAGACCAACUAGUUGGCUGGCUGGCCAGCUAAGAUCUAGAGAAAAUUCAGCGCGAGUAAUUCUCUUUACCCCGGAAGGCAUUUCUGCUGUCGAUUGCACAUGUACAAUAUUGUAUACACGACGACUGUAAUAGGGUUGGGAGGGUUAGAUGAUUGUGUGUUCGAACGGAUGGAUGAAUGAACAAAUUCUCUCGUUUCGGAUUUGAACGAAGAAGACGCCGACAAAUUGUAUUUCUUAGUAAUCAUAGACGAAAUCGUAGACGCAAUCGUGAAGAAUAGAAGAACAUAUUGUACUGAAGCGAGUGAAAAAAAAUCAGGCCCACCUAUGUACACGUACAUAUACACAAAAUACACUUAUAACACACACAAACAGACAGAGAUACCUAUGCGCGCGCGUAUAUAUAUAUAUAAAAAAAAUAUAUAUAUAUAUAUAUAUACAAAUAUAUAAACUACGUAUAUUUUUAUGAACGUGAUGAGGUAACAACGCAUAGCUUGUAAUAUCGAUUCUAACGACCGACCGAUUUACCUGGCCCCUCGCGUGCGAUUAAACGAUUGAGCGGCUGUAAACACUUGGACAAGUUUUUUCCUCGCCUUUCUACCUCGCCAUUAUUUCCCUCCGUACCUCUUUCCUUUUUCUUACUUCCACUCUCUGUCUUCUUUCUCUCUCUCAUUCUCCCUGCUCUCGAGUUGCGGUGAUCAUUGAAAACGCAAAGAUCGUGAUUUUUUUUUUCAGGUUCGCGGUAAUCACACCGUAGCAACCAUCGUUUAAACGAAUUUUAUUAUUUCAUUAUACAUGUAUGAGGUGAACGUUUAUUGCCCCAACUUAAAUGUACUUUUAAUCAAUUGAUUUUGAGUUAUAAACUAUUCUUCUCCUUUCAUAUAUUAUAUAAUUUGUUCGUAUCCUAUAUCUAUAUAUCUUAAGUUGUGCGACGGAAUUGCGUAAAUUCCAAUAAAUAUUAAGCUGCGAUAGACAUAUGUGAAAAAAUUCGAAGGCACUCGUUCGAUAUACAUGUAUUAUUAGAUCGAAGUGAAGUUCAAGAAAGCGUAAUAGAAUAUAGAAAAUAAA